AAUGCCCAAAGCGUUGAGAAAUUAUCACGAGGGUAUUCCCUACCAUAAAGUACAUAAAGGCAGUGACCCAGGUUGCUACCAGCUUCAUCGACCUUCAGAAUGCCGUCUAAAAUUUCCAAUCACGAAUAAACCGAUUCACAAAUGCGAAAUACCCAAGAAACAAUACACGCGGGUCCCGAAUGGCGAGAGUUGGAGGAACUUGAUAAUUCCCAAAACUGAACCCAACUAUUACCCCGCCGUCAUGCACAAGUCAGAGUUCGAGAGGCUGAAGAAACAAGCCAAGAUAGUAAGUCAAGAGGAACAAUUGAAAGCGAUGCACGAACAGGAAGCAGCGAUACAGAAAGCGGCGAAAGAGUCUGAGGAACGCAAGCAGCUGUUGAAGGAGAAGUUGCUGCCGCAGCCGGGAGCGCAGGUCGCAGCCGGCGCCGCGGACCUCGAGCUUGAGGGACCGGAUCAGACUGCCCAUACUUUGUCCAGGGCGGAGAUUCUGAAAGCGGAUAACAUGCUGGGGCCGCGGCUUUGCAACCGCAUCAUCUUAGCCUCCAAAUGCCACGCCAUCCGCGACGCGCAGAUCGCUGAGAAAGAUCUCAUUAAGAAGGAGCUAACGGAAGAGGAGAGAAGACUGGAUGCGAUAAUGGAGGAAAACCGUCAGGCGGCGGUGCGUCGCGCGGAGCAGGAUGAGGAACGCCGACACCAGCUGCGGCUGCAGAACCUCGCCGCACUCAAGGAGCAGAUACAAGCGCAUGACACCGCCAAGAUAAUGGAAGCGGAACGCAUAGAGGAAGAGAGCAUAAGAGUGAACCAGGCCAACAUCGCGAUGAGGAUCGACGAAGCGCAAAAGCUGAAAGAAAAGCACAUGCGCCAAGCAAAGCUGAAGGAAAUACUCGACCAAGGUAACGCGGAACUAUUAUACUUCAAGCAACUUCAGAACGAAGAAGAGCGUAUCCUCAAUUUGCGUAUUUCAAACUUUCUCAAGAGUCGUCAAGAGCGCGAGUCGCGCGCGCGCGCUGAGGCGGAGGCCGUCAAAGCCGCUAAGCAGAAAGGGAUUGAUCAUAUCGCUAAAGCACAGAAGGCGGAACAAGAGCUGAAGGAGGAAUUGGAGAGGAUCAGGAACCUGAAGAUCCAGGAGGACGUGGAGAGGGAGUACCGGCGCAAAGAGCGUGACGCCGCCAUCAAGAGGAACCGCGACAUGAAGCAACUGCACGAGGCCAGAGUGCAGCAGAUCCACGACAUCCAUCGUCUGAUAGCACGAGAGAUCGCGAAAGACGAGCAGAGCUUCAACAACGCGGCUAGACAGAACGAAGAAUUCCUGCGUAAGGAGAAAAUGUUGGAUGAGCAGCGCAAAGCGCGCGUCGAACGGCACCGUCAGGAGAUUAUGAAGCAAAUUAAUGACAAAGAACGCGCCAGAACGGAGUUGAGAGAGAAGAUCCGUAACGAAGGCGUCGCGCUGCGCAUGGAGCAAGAUCAGCAAGAGAAAUACGAAAGGAAAAUCAUUAAGCAGAAGGUGGCGGCUAUGAGACAACAAAAGGUGGCCGAAAAAUACGUCAAAGAAGUUGAACAAACUCUCUGCAAACAAGGAUACUAAAGCAACCAACAGACAAACCAAGAGAAAUUAUGAUACGAAUUUUUUAUUAUUGUUUAAUUAUUGAUUUGGUAAAUUAUAGAAUAAAACGAAAAAUUACAAAUUGAA